UACAACCUGAGAGAGAGAGGGAGAAAGAAAAAAACUUCCUACCAAUGGACAACAGGAAGUGACCACCACCACCAACGGGGAGUCUCUGCUUGGAGAAAGAAGCUGCAAGACAAAGAAGAGGGAAGGAGAGGUGAAAGACAAAACUGCCCAAGGUCUUCUGCGAGUGCGUGCGUGCGUGCGCUUUCGAGAGCGGAGAGAACAAAAGUCAGCCGGGAAGGGGAGACAGAAAGAGCCACGGGAAAGGAAACAGGAUGGAGGAAGAGCUAAAGAGAAACAUGUGAAGAUCAAGGCAAAAGAGAAGUACAACGCCGAAAAAGAAAGCACACCGAAAAGAAAAGGAAAAAGAGAAGGCAUACACAAAAGUUUCUUUUCCUUCUGGGAAGAAAUUACUCACACGCAGAGAGAAAUCAGACGCUUUGCAGCUCAACUUCUGGGGAGAGAGAGAUCGAGAGAGCAGAGGACGCGGAGUGAUGUGAAGAAAGAAAAGGGGAAAAAAAUAAGGCAGAGAACAGAAAGCACAGCAAAAGAAACUGAGAUAAGGGGGGAGGAAAGCACGACAGACAGAAAAGCGAAGAUCGUGACCUUUCCCAACAAGUGAACUUUGCACAUAUGUUGUGUAAAGUGUGUGCAAAACAGAUUCCCUCCUGCGUGGUGCGUGUGUGCUUCGCUGCUGCCGCCGCUGCUGCCGCCGCCACCGAGGCGGUCGGUGCCUCUCGCAGGCGGCGCUGCCGGUGCCGGGGAGACGCAUCAUUUGGCGGAGCGAAGCGGCUAAUUGCGGAGCCCCGUCCUUCAUUUACAUAUGCAGCCUGAGUCCGCUGGAGAGGCGCCAAUCCGCGCUCGCCCCCAGCACCAUUAAUCGCCAUGCAUUAUUCACAAUCAUAAUUACUGAGCCCCAUGCGCGCUGCGCGCAGCCGCCCCAGCCCGCCGCCCCGCGCACACCCCGCCGCUCCGCGCACACCCUGCCCGGCUCAUCCCCCGCUCGUUCACCCGCUCACCCGCGCACUCACUCACUCAGUCUCAGUUUGGCUGGCUGGUUAGCCUUUUUUUCUUUUUUUUUUUUCUUUUUUUUUCCUUUUUUUUUUUUCCCGGGGUGUUGGUUGCCUUUUCUCUUGCUUGUUUGGUUUGUUUUGCAACUCGACUUUUAUUUGUGAACAGUUAUUUCCAGCCCCAACCCCCCUUCCUUCGUUCCCAAUUCCUUCCCCCCUCCUUGCCACCUCCACGUCGCUGAUGCCUCUGCAAAAAGCAGAGUCAAGACGGCUCAGUUAGCAGCAUGUCUCGUCGAAAGCAAGCGAAACCCCAGCAUCUCAAAUCGGACGAAGAGCUGCAAGCAGAGGUAGUUUCAGAGCACGCAGUCUCAGGAGAAGGAGCAGAUGAUGGUGAUAGCGGGAAUGAGAGCAGGAGUGGAAGUGAAGAAACCAACGUCUGCGAGAAAUGCUGUGCCGAGUUCUUCAAGUGGACGGACUUCCUGGAGCACAAGAAGAGCUGCACUAAAAACCCCCUGGUGCUGAUUGUCAACGAAGAUGAACCAGCUCCACCCCCAGCUGAGGAAUUCCCCGAGCCCUCUCCCGCAAGCUCUCCCAGUGACCAGGCAGAGAGUGAAGCGGCUGAAGAAGGUGUCCAGGCAGAAAACAAUGACAGCUCUGAGGUAAAAAACACGGAAAAAGAAGAAGAGCCAAUGGAGGUAGAAACUUCUGCAGAGAAAAGUUUCCAGAAUCAAGGCACCUCAAACACAGCUACUCCUCUACCUCAGAUCCCUGAACCAUCUUCCAUGACAAGCUAUAACAUGCCAAACACCAACGUCACGCUAGAGACUCUGCUGAGCACUAAAGUCGCUGUCGCGCAGUUUUCGCAGAGCGCACGGGCAACUGCUUCCGCGAGCAUUAGCAGCGGUGUGACGGCUGUGGCCAUCCCCAUGAUUCUGGAGCAGCUCAUGGCCCUGCAGCAGCAGCAGAUUCACCAGCUCCAGCUGAUCGAGCAGAUCCGCAGUCAGGUGGCAAUGAUGAACCGCCAACCCCUGCGACCAUCCCUCAGCCAGAUUGUGGCUGCCCAGGGUGGUCCCGGGCAGGCUUCCAACCAGCUGCAGGGGUUUGCCGCCAGCGCCGCCGUCCAGCUCACUGCAGUCAUUCCUUCUGCCAUUGUGGGGCAGGCCACCAGUGGUCAGCCCACCGCCUUUGACAGCUCUCAGCACAUCUCGAGAUCUACAUCCGGAGCAAGUACACCCAAUAUAUCCAGCGGUGGCUCUUCUGUCCUGCCUGAAUCAGGUGUACCUUCCUCCUCGAAUGCAAUUACGUCCAUAACUCCCAUUUCUGUGUCAAAUGCUCCUAACAGUGCUUCACAGCCCCAGAAUGCUUCGACUCCACCUUCAAUAGGACAUGGAAGUCUCACCUCAGUAUCCAGCCUGCCAAACCCACUUCUACCUCAGACUUCAUCAAAUAGUGUGAUCUUCCCGAAUCCGCUGGUUAGCAUAGCCGCAACUGCUAACGCGCUUGAUCCUUUGUCUGCCCUUAUGAAGCACCGCAAAGGAAAGCCACCAAAUGUGUCAGUGUUUGAACCCAAGUCCAGCUCCGAAGAUCCGUUUUUUAAACAUAAAUGCCGAUUUUGUGCCAAGGUCUUUGGAAGUGACAGUGCUUUACAAAUUCACCUCCGCUCGCAUACAGGCGAAAGACCUUUUAAGUGUAACAUAUGUGGAAACCGCUUUUCCACAAAGGGCAACCUGAAAGUUCAUUUUCAGAGGCAUAAAGAGAAAUACCCUCAUAUUCAGAUGAACCCUUAUCCUGUUCCAGAAUACCUCGAUAAUGUGCCCACCUGCUCUGGAAUCCCGUAUGGGAUGUCACUGCCCCCUGAAAAGCCGGUCACAACAUGGUUAGACAGUAAGCCUGUUUUACCAACAGUCCCUACUUCCAUUGGGCUCCAGCUGCCCCCCACUAUAGCUGGUGUGAACAGUUACGGAGACUCUCCAAGUAUCACUCCUAUGAGCAGGUCACCCCAGAGGCCUUCUCCUGCCUCCAGUGAAUGCACUUCUCUAUCCCCGAGCCUCAACACUUCUGAGUCUGGCGUUCCGGCAUCUGCUGAAUCCCCGCAGCCCAUUCAGAGUGGCUCAUCUCUGACCAAGACAGAACCUGUCACUCUGCCUCCCACGAGCACACGGCUUGGGGACCUUUCUGCAGGCGGGCAAGUUUCUGCACCUUCCACGUCUUCAAUUCCUACUGUGGUUACAGACAGCAGUGUUGCAACAAGCCUCCCAAACCCUGUGCUUCCAGCAGUGUCUGACCAGUUUAAGGCAAAGUUUCCAUUUGGUGGUCUGCUAGACUCUAUGCAAACAUCAGAAACCUCAAAACUACAACAGCUAGUGGAGAACAUUGACAAGAAGAUGACGGAUCCAAAUCAAUGUGUCAUUUGUCACCGCGUGCUUAGUUGUCAGAGCGCUCUCAAGAUGCAUUACAGAACACAUACAGGAGAAAGACCAUUUAAAUGCAAAAUUUGUGGACGUGCCUUUACUACAAAAGGCAAUCUAAAAACACAUUUUGGAGUUCAUCGAGCAAAGCCACCACUUAGAGUACAGCACUCGUGUCCGAUUUGUCAGAAGAAAUUUACAAACGCGGUUGUUCUUCAGCAGCACAUUCGUAUGCAUAUGGGUGGGCAAAUUCCAAACACGCCACUGCCAGAGGGCUUCCAGGAUGCCAUGGACUCAGAGCUUUCCUAUGAUGAGAAGAAUGUUGACACAUUGAGCAACUUUGAUGAUGACAUUGAUGAAAAUUCUAUGGAAGAGGACCCGGAACUAAAGGACACAGCAAGUGAUUCAUCCAAACCCCUUAUCUCUUACUCUGGGUCAUGUCCUUCUUCACCACCUUCUGUGAUCUCCAGUAUUGCUGCUUUGGAGAAUCAAAUGAAAAUGAUUGAUUCUGUCAUGAACUGUCAGCAGCUGACCAGUUUAAAAUCCAUAGAAAAUGGAUCAGGGGAAAGUGACCAUUUGAGCAAUGACUCCUCAUCAGCUGUUGGUGAUCUUGAAAGCCAGAGUGCAGGCAGCCCUGCAAUGUCAGAGUCUUCUUCCUCCAUGCAAGCUUUGUCUCCUGUGAAUAGCAAUAGUGAAAGUUUCAGAUCAAAGUCCCCCGGUCUCAGUAACCAGGAAGAGCCCCAAGAAAUACAGUUAAAGACAGAAAAACCAGACAGUCCGCCAUCCACAACUGAAAAUGGAGGCGCAUUAGAUCUGACAUCCACCAACCCAGGAAGACCGGUCAUCAAAGAGGAGGCUCCUUUUAGUCUGCUGUUCCUGAACAGAGAACGUGGUCCCAGCCAAAGUACUCCUAGCCUGGUCACCAGUACACCACCUACCAUGAUCAAAAUGGAAGUGAAUGGUCACAGCAAGCCGAUCUCUUUGGGUGAGGUUCCCUCGCUUCCAGCUGGAAUCCAGGUUCCUGCUGCACCACAGACAGUGAUGAGUCCGGGGAUCACCCCUAUGCUGGCACCCCCCCCUCGCCGGACUCCCAAGCAGCACAACUGUCAGUCAUGCGGGAAGACCUUCUCCUCAGCAAGUGCACUGCAGAUACACGAGCGCACCCAUACUGGUGAAAAACCGUUUGGUUGCACAAUCUGUGGUAGAGCUUUUACCACAAAGGGGAAUCUUAAGGUUCACAUGGGGACUCACAUGUGGAAUAACGCCCCGGCACGCCGUGGCCGACGCCUCUCCGUGGAAAACCCCAUGGCUUUGCUUGGUGGUGAUGCUCUCAAGUUCUCUGAGAUGUUCCAGAAGGAUUUGGCAGCUCGGGCCAUGAAUGUUGACCCCAGUUUUUGGAACCAAUAUGCUGCAGCUAUCACUAACGGACUUGCUAUGAAGAACAAUGAGAUUUCUGUCAUACAGAACGGAGGCAUUCCUCAGCUCCCAGUAAGUCUAGGCGGAGGCGCCAUCCCGCCUUUAAGUAACCUUACCGGUGGCAUGGACAAAGCUCGCACGGGCAGCAGCCCUCCCAUUGUCAGUCUGGACAAAGCAAGUUCUGAAACGGGAGCCAGUCGUCCAUUCACGAGAUUUAUUGAGGAUAAUAAAGAGAUUGGCAUAAAUUAAAAGCACUCAUUCUGAGUAACUCUUGGACCUCUACUCGACACAA